AAAAGCCCCCCUGAGCUGCCACAAGAGGCCAUCAAAAAGCCUCGCAGCAGCCUCGCUAUGCACAUGCUGGAGUCUGUGCAGGUUUUCCAUGCACUGGGCAAGAAGAGGGAUGAGAAAACUGACCUGUCUUCCUCGCGGGCCUUGGGAAACUCAAGGAACCCCAAAGGCCCCCAGCCACGCCCAGCUACCAAACCAUGGCUGGUUUCUCCCCGCGAGGGCAAAGGUCCUGGGAAAACUCAAGUCAAUCCCCCAAAACCACAUCCAAGUGCUGACAAAGGGGCUCCCCCUCCAUCCCAGGACAAGCUCCCUUCUCCCGGGAAGGUCAAGCUGGUGCCAUUGGUUUUUCCAACCAUGGACAAGCCUCAAGUUCGACCUGUUCCUCGCAGGCCACAGUCUUUGGCAUCACGUUGGCCUGCUGUGAACAACCCUGCCAAGACUGCCAACACCUGCAUCUUUGACCUGUCCUCCGCACCAGGUUUGAACAACCCUGCCCGGCCUAGUGUCCCUCAGCCUCCUGCUUCUAGGCCUGGGCCCUACAAAACAUCAUCAUGUGCUUCUUUCCAGUGGGAGCCUGUUCCUUCUGCUGUGAGUCAGCCCCAGACUCCGCUCAAGCCUCGCAACCACUAUCUACUCCAAGAUUUCGCCCUCCAACCAAUUCCAUGGAGGAAAUCUGAGGUUCUGGGGCCAGUCAUGUCAACACCCAUCACAAAGGAGCAGAGGCCAGAUCGAGAAGCCAUGAAGAGGAAGGCUCAACUGGAGCGUGAGAAUGCUGCCAAGUUGGGGGAAAUGCAGCAUUUCAUUGAGAGGGAAAGAAUGGACAUUUCUCUGUGCUAUGGCUAUGUCAUGUAG